AUGUCUCAGAAGAGGAACUACAGCGACGAUGAAGACGACGAAACCUUCUACUACCGCUACGCCACCACUACCUCCGCCGCCGCCUCACAGCCAACCUCUUCCUCCACAGGGAAACCCUCACGUGGAGAUGGAGGCAGUGGCGGCCUAGCCCCAUCAAAAUCGACAGUCUACGUCAGCAAUUUAGACUACAGCCUUACAAACUCUGAUCUCUUCACAAUAUUCUCCACUUUUGGAAAAGUGGCCAAAGCCACCGUCCUCAAGGAUCGCGUCACGCGCCAGAGCCGUGGAGUGGCCUUUGUCCUCUUCGUCUCGCGCGACGAUGCGAUAAAGGCCGUUAAAGGAAUUGACAAAAAAAUCCUCAAUGGGAGGACACUACGCGCCUCGAUUGCCACGGACAAUGGUCGUGCUUCGGAGUUUAUUAGGAAGAAGGUGUACAAGGAUAAGAGUAGGUGUUAUGAGUGCGGUGAGGAGGGGCAUUUGUCGUAUGAGUGUCCGAGGAAUUUCUUGGGGGCGAGGGAACGUCCUGUGGCCAAGAAAGGGCGGGGUUCGGGUGGCGGAACUGGAAGCGGAACUGGAGGCAGAAAUUAUGAUUGGGAUGAUGAAGGGGAGGAGGAUGUUUUUGAGGCGGAAAAUUGGGCUUCGGUAGUGGAUGGUGAAGGGGCGGAGGAGAGACUGUUGAGAAGUGAAAGAGAAAAGGAGGAGGUAAAGAAGGAGAAGAGAGAGAAGAAGAAAGGAUAUUUUAGUGAUGAGAGUGAUGAAGAAGAGUGA